CCGAUUCGUUUCCUGUCGGAUUAAUCCGUUUGACCGGAUUGUUGACGGGUUUCGGAGAGCCCGAAACCCGUUGUAGCCGGUUGACGGGAGUUGAUGAUUUUGAUAUUAUCCGCCCCGGUAGUCCUGACACCCGGAAACUCGGCGACCCUAUGCCCUUCUCCUCAUCCUCUGCCGACUGCCGCCGCUGCCACAUUCAUCCUUUCCUACCUCCCUUGCCGCUGCUUUCUUCACGACCACCACCACCCUCUCGCCGUCCUUAGCCCGCGGUGGCGGCGACAACAACAGCUUAUCAACCUCAUGAUGAUGAAGAUGAUCUCUUCUAAUAGCAUGCACCUCCUCCUUGAUCUUCCUCAACCCAAGUAACCUACUGCAGGCGAUACGCUUCUCUUCCUUGCUCAGGCAUCGCCAGCUCCCUCAUCGACGGGGGCCGGCAGCGGAUGAGGCGAAUCGACGUCGUGGUGGUAGCGGGUAAACCCGUUAACCUUGAUUGUAGCCCGUUACCCGAUGGAUUCGGGGUUGGGCCUGAAGAUGAGCCCGUCAGGGCUAGUGGGGCGGAUUCGGGGAAAGCCCAACAGGCUUUCGGACGGGUGACGAAUAGGCCCUCCCCGGCCCCGAUCCGACCCGUUGCCAAGCCUACCGCAGAGAACCGGAGAUACCUGGAAACCAAGAAACAAAAGAUGGGCCACGUCUAUGGUCCUGAUAAUGGUCAUUCCAACAGAACCCCAGAAGAUGGUUUAUUGGAGGCAUAGAUCAUCUCCCCCUCAAAGGAUACACCAAGGGGAACUUGCUUGUUUUCUUCAUUGACUGGAGUCUUACAUUCUUUGAACGAAAUACAUCUGCCGCCACACUAGCCUCUCGAUACACGAGAGAAAAAGAAUACAGAUUAAUUAACAGA